CUGCCGCUCCGCGCCGCCACGGCCCGACUCCGCCGGCCGCCGCCGCGCCUCCUCGCCCCGACCUCGCCGCCGGCCCGCGCCCCGCGCCGGGGUCGCCCGCGGCCCCGCUCCCCUCCUCCGCCCGCCCCCCGGCCCUCCCCUGCUGCUGCUCCCCGGCGGAGGCAAGAGGUGGUUGGGGGGGACCAUGGCUGACGUUUUCCCGGCCAACGACUCCACGGCGUCUCAGGACGUGGCCAACCGCUUCGCCCGCAAAGGGGCGCUGAGACAGAAGAACGUGCACGAGGUGAAGGACCACAAAUUCAUCGCCCGCUUCUUCAAGCAGCCCACCUUCUGCAGCCACUGCACCGACUUCAUCUGGGGGUUUGGGAAACAAGGCUUCCAGUGCCAAGUUUGCUGUUUUGUGGUUCACAAGAGGUGCCAUGAAUUUGUUACUUUUUCGUGUCCAGGUGCAGAUAAGGGUCCUGACACUGAUGACCCCAGGAGCAAGCACAAGUUUAAAAUCCACACUUAUGGAAGCCCCACCUUCUGUGACCACUGUGGGUCAUUGUUGUAUGGCCUUAUCCAUCAAGGGAUGAAAUGUGACACCUGUGAUAUGAAUGUGCACAAACAGUGUGUGAUCAACGUGCCCAGCCUCUGUGGGAUGGACCACACGGAGAAGAGGGGGCGGAUCUACCUGAAGGCCGAGGUGGCCGAUGAAAAGCUCCAUGUCACAGUGCGAGAUGCAAAAAAUCUAAUCCCUAUGGAUCCAAACGGGCUUUCAGAUCCUUACGUGAAGCUGAAACUUAUUCCUGACCCCAAGAAUGAAAGCAAACAAAAAACCAAAACCAUCCGUUCCACGCUGAACCCCCAGUGGAAUGAGUCCUUUACGUUCAAAUUAAAACCUUCAGAUAAAGACCGACGACUGUCUGUAGAAAUCUGGGACUGGGAUAGAACCACCAGGAACGACUUCAUGGGAUCCCUCUCCUUUGGAGUUUCGGAGCUGAUGAAGAUGCCAGCCAGCGGAUGGUACAAACUGCUUAACCAAGAAGAGGGGGAGUACUACAAUGUGCCCAUUCCAGAAGGGGAUGAAGAAGGAAACAUGGAGCUCCGGCAGAAAUUCGAGAAAGCCAAGCUUGGCCCUGCUGGUAACAAAGUGAUCAGUCCUUCAGAAGACAGGAGGCAGCCUUCCAACAACCUUGACAGAGUGAAACUCACAGACUUCAACUUCCUCAUGGUGCUGGGGAAGGGGAGUUUCGGCAAGGUGAUGCUUGCUGACAGGAAGGGAACAGAAGAACUAUACGCUAUCAAAAUCCUCAAGAAGGACGUGGUGAUUCAAGACGACGACGUGGAGUGCACCAUGGUGGAAAAGCGAGUCCUGGCUCUGCUCGACAAGCCGCCUUUCCUGACCCAGCUGCACUCCUGCUUCCAGACAGUGGAUCGGCUGUACUUCGUCAUGGAAUAUGUCAACGGCGGGGACCUCAUGUACCACAUUCAGCAAGUAGGAAAGUUUAAAGAACCACAAGCAGUAUUCUAUGCAGCAGAGAUUUCCAUUGGAUUGUUCUUCCUCCAUAAAAGAGGCAUCAUUUAUAGGGAUCUGAAGUUAGAUAAUGUGAUGCUGGAUUCAGAAGGACAUAUCAAGAUUGCUGAUUUUGGGAUGUGCAAGGAACACAUGAUGAAUGGAGUCACAACCAGGACCUUCUGUGGGACUCCAGAUUACAUUGCCCCUGAGAUAAUCGCUUAUCAGCCGUAUGCAAAGUCCGUGGACUGGUGGGCCUAUGGCGUCCUCUUAUAUGAAAUGCUAGCUGGGCAGCCUCCAUUCGACGGUGAAGAUGAAGAUGAGCUAUUUCAGUCUAUAAUGGAGCACAACGUUUCUUAUCCAAAAUCCUUGUCCAAGGAGGCUGUUUCCAUCUGCAAAGGGCUGAUGACCAAGCACCCAGGCAAGCGGCUGGGCUGUGGGCCCGAGGGAGAGAGGGACGUGCGAGAACACGCCUUCUUCCGGAGGAUCGACUGGGAGAAACUGGAGAACAGGGAGAUCCAGCCACCAUUCAAGCCCAAAGUGUGUGGCAAAGGAGCGGAAAACUUUGACAAGUUCUUCACACGAGGGCAGCCUGUCUUAACGCCGCCGGAUCAGCUGGUCAUCGCUAACAUCGACCAGUCAGAUUUUGAAGGGUUCUCGUAUGUCAAUCCUCAGUUUAUACACCCCAUCUUACAGAGCGCCGUAUGAAACUCACCAACGAGAGCAAAUGCCUCCCCAGCCCCCAGCCCCUCUCAGUGGGAAACAAUCCUAACCCUAAAAUGUUAAGGCCACAACCUUGUUUCUUGUUCCAGACGGAGGCCUGAAAAUUGUAGGGUUCUUAGUCCAAAUGUGAUCAACUGUACAGGGUCUCUCUCUCACAACCAAGAACAUUAUCUUAGUGGAAGAUGAUUCAAUGUACAGCGUCCAGUUUAAUUAUGUAGAAGUCACAUCUGAGUGUAGGUUAACCCCUUCCCGAAAGCAUACAGACUCUUGCCCCUUUUCUGGUACGAUUUGAUAUCUUUUCCAUACCCUCUGUCUAUUCAUUUUCACCAUUGGGAUGCCCCCAACCAGAGAUGUUAAAAUGAACCUGCCCCAGUCCAGUGGGCUGGAAACAUCUCCACCCAAGACAUCUUUGGAAUGAAAAGCAUGGGGGAGCCCAGAAUGGGAGCAAGGCAGGACCUUGGGGGGCAGGGUGGGGGAAGCCUCCAAGCACCCACUGCUUCUGUUCUCUGCCUCGAUGGACACAGUCCCUGGAAUCCGAGGGACAAAUCUAGUCCCACUGGUGACUCAUUUGCAAGCCCGCUGUUCCCAAAUGUUGACAGUCAUCACCCAAUCAUGGUCCAGUGGUUACCCCAUUUUAAAAAAGAGAAAAUAUGAGUGUCGGGUGAAUCCACCUAGUACCCUACUUGGUUGAUAACUAUCUUGAUACUUGCAUUUCCUUUUAAGAGGCCAAAUCUUCUAAGGACUUUGCUAAAGGAGCAUGUGAAAUCAUUUCAGAUCAAGGAAAAACCAGUGUGUGUGUAUGUUCAUUUUAAUCUCUGGGAGAUUUUUCUGUGAUCAGGGUGCCAUCAGCAACCAUGCCACUAUUCACGAGUGUUGUUAGCCAACCCCCCACACCAGUGUUUUGCUACCUAUUUCCUGAGAAGCUGAAGUGUACGCCCCCUCCCCUUUUGUACUUAUUUAUUUAAUAGGCUAAAGUGUCAUUUAUGAGAGUACAAUGUACAGUAACUUAAUCCAAGUGUUGACUCUAGCAUCAGUCCCUUUUGAUUGAUUUCCCUCCCAUCUCCAGCCUUUAACAUCCACUUAGGGAUGAAAAAUAAUAACCGCUUUGGUCCCCAUUUCCAGUACAUGCUGGAUGACAUGCCUGGAGCUGUAGAAUCAGGAUGCCCGGAUGCAUAUCAACUCAAAGGUGUUUUAUCACUAGAAGGAUUUUAAUAUGUUUUGCUAAUGCAUCAUGCAAUGAAUUUUGCAUGUUUAUAAUAAACCUUAAUAACAAGUGAAUCUAUAUUAUUGAUAUAAUUGUAUUGAGUAUAAAGAGAGUAUUAUAAUAAUUUUAUAAGACACAAUUGUGCUAUAUUUGUGAAGGCUCUUGUUUCUAAUCUCUUAUGAUUAAGUUUUAGCUUAAUUCUUUGUAACGUGCUUUGCCUCCCUUCCCCCCCCAUGCAUACCCCCAUUGUAUGGGAUACAUUAAUUUUUUAUCAUAGAUCUAAUUUCAAAAAUGAAUGACUACAUGAUCAAUUAGGCAUAUAUAUAGAGAGAGAGAGAUAUAGAUAUAUGUAUGUGUGUGUGUGUGUAUAUAUAUAUAUAUAUAUAUAUAUAUAUAUAUAUGCAUAUGAUUCUACCUGCAAACAAAGGUUUUGUUUGGGGGAUUAUUUUUGAGAUGAGACCCGAUCUUAGCUUCUUACCACCACCCCUGGCCUGGCUCCCCCACCACUCUUCUCCUUGGGGAAUAGCAGGAAGUGUUUGACUCCGGUAUGCCUAGUACGUUUCUGCAAGCAUGCUGUCAUCACAGCCCAGACUGGACUUUGUUAGAUUUGUUCUUCCUUUCAGCCUUGUUACUGUCAGUGACUUGGGGUGGGAGGGACGGAAAGAAGCCCUUCUUCAAGUGUGUGUGUGGCAUGGCCACCCCAGAAGCCUGCUGUCCAUUUUGCUGCCCCUGGAACAAUGUACAGACUUCAUGAGACCAAACCCCCCACAGGCCGGGGCACAGCUGUCCCCUGGAGCUCUCCACAGACUCUUCAGGAGCUGUACAUCAUCUUCUGUUGCUUGAAACCAUCUUUCCAGCCUUGUGAGGAGCACCUCUGUGGUGAGACAAGGUCCUCGGAGAAACCAGCCUCCUGCACCAGAAGGAACAUUCAAAAUGGAAUGUUCAGUCCUUAGGGCUGCUCACUUUCCACUUGGCCCCCAAAAGCAUCUGUUAGCUAAGUACCCCCCCAUUUUUAUUCUCUGGCUGUUUGCCUGAAAUUCACAUACCAUAAGGGUCUUCUAGGUGAGAGACAUCAUCUAUCCUGGGAACCCUUGACUGGAGGAAGAGAUGGGGUGAGAGAUGGGUCAGACGGCACAGCACCUCCUGCCUUCUUUCUUGGACUGGGGACUCGAGAGCUCAAAGGGGGCCCCAGCGCACCCAGAGCUGUAGACCUCCUGGUCAGUGCACGGUUUGGGGGACACUUCCCCACCAGGUGCACCCCAUUUGGUCUAAUAGAAAGGGACCAGUUCAUAGAAGGAGCUUAGGAGACGAGCUGGUCGCCCUGCCGCAGAAUGGAGCCACAGCAGGACAGACCACCAGCCACUCCCCGGGAGGUGAGCACGUCCCAGGCAGGAGCACAUGGGGCUGUAGACCGUGAGUCCCUGGUGCGUGCUGCUGCCUGCUUGUUAUAGGCCAGCAGCGGGCUCAGGCUUUCCCUCAAACAGCCAGCACAUUUCCAAGUUAUUCACAUUUCUCUAGGAAGCAGAUUCAGCCUCUCAGCUGGCUGAUAUUCUUUCAGAAUCUCUGGCAAAGUUUUAAAAGAAAACACCCUGUCUGUGGGGCCCAGUACUUUGCCUGAGGGACAGCAGGCUUGAGGACAAACCUGGGGAAAAAAAGAGUAAAAAUGAGGGCCCAGGGAAGUGUUAGCGUGAUGUGGCCCGUUCAGUAUGUUGCUAUGUACUGAACUUAGAUAAAGGCCAGUGCUUUAAAGAGCUGAGCAACCCAAGACAGUUAUUGCUGAAAACAAAUCAUGUGGGUAACCAUUAAAAACUGUUAGCCACCGAAUCGAUUUAUAAAACUCUCUGGCCUUGUCCCACUUCCCUGGCAUUGUGUGAAAUAAAGCCGCUGGGAGGGGGCCUCUGCGGAGGCCGGAGUGAGCAGGAGCCCUUGAACAGUCAGGUCCCUUGGGGGCCCUUGGGAAGUGCCAGCCCCGCGCACUGCCCAUAACUCAGGCCCCCCUGGCAGAAUCUAGCGGUCUGGGUCUCUGCCAGCUCAUCUGUGACUCCAGAAAGCCAUUCAAGUCGCCUUGCUUUAUUUCCCCUUGGGAGGUGGCUGCUCAGCGGUGGAACUUCAUCUGUGGCUGCAAGCUGACUGGCUGGCAGCCCUUCCCCUGGCGUCUCACCUCAAGCCACUAGGCGCUUGGUUGGGAGUAGACGGCAUGUGCUGCCAGGUGCAGCCCUCAGAAGGUUAAUGGGAGGUUCGCUCAGGCAAGAGCGAAAUCAAAAGGUCGGGAUGAGCCCCCAGGAAACAAAAUGAUGGCUCUUCAGCAUGUCUGCUUUACCCCUAUGACCUGGUGUGCAUUAAUGCAGAAUCACUAGCUUUUCUUGAGAUGUAUUAGGCUUUCUUACUGGGAAUUUUGGCAGAAAAUCAGAGGGUUAAGAUCUUUGGGGACUUGACCUGAGAUGGUUGGUUAAAGAUUAUGAAAGACCAAAAUUAGUGCAGCCCAGCAAACGAAGGGUAAGCACAUGUCUGAGCUACAGCCCUUAGGAGCAUGUGGUGACGUGCUGGAAUGAGGGGGCAGCCCCCCACGAGGGCCCCCUGUUGGUGCUCCAAGAGGGGAGAGGUUGGUAGACUGAGGUCAGCACGGAGUUCAGAGAAGUGCACCCAGAAGGAUGCUUACGGGGCGGAGCCAGGAGGGAGGGGACAGAGAGGGCCUCUCCAGGAGGAAGCUACGGCCGUGUCCCAUGGCUUCCCAUUGGAGGUCAUGUGUGCAAGUGAAGGUCCUUGAAGCCGAGCUUCCUGCCGGGGACACAUAAUCCCUUCCUCCUCAGAAAACUUCUCCCAAGUGCCAACAGCAUCCUCCCCAGCUCCCGACCUUGGAGUGUCUCACAAUUCUGGAGGCAGAGCCAACCCCCCAGGGUACCCUGGAAGCCAGUGAGUUCCCACGCUUUCGCUCUGUGGCUUCCUGCGGGAAUUAUGGCCCCUGAGAAUGGAUGGAGAAGGCGUAAAAACAACGAUUGCCACCGUUCCCACCUGGCUCCACUGAGAGGAAAAAGCUGAGUUUUUUGCUGGGGCUUGUUUUCUCAGUCCUGAAGAGGGGGCAAAGUUCCUAAAUGCCUCGGAAAGGCAACACCACCUGACAGUUAUUUUCUCACUUCAGUCUUAUGAAGCACCUAUUUGUUGUGCAUGCGCAUCACACCGUUCCUGUCUCUUUUAACCCAGCCAGGCAGGAGUGCCUUUUCCCCCACUGAGGCAUCUAACAGUCCUGAUCAUGAAAUGGACACUGAGCCAGGGACCCAAAGGACAGUGACCCUAAGGGUUGCAGAACGGGGGAGUUAAAAUGAAGGAAAAAGGCCCUCUGGUUAUUAGGGACUAUGCAUUAAUUUGACAACAAGUAUUGGGAAAUAUUUUUAAAACAUCUUCCUUGAGUUUCUUGGGUUACAUUUUAUGAAAGACACCAGACUCAACAUUUCUGUCAUUUCCCAUUGGGACUGAGGCAGCAAAUCUGGGGAAUGCCAUAUAUUUUUGCUGUUAGAAGAUACAGAAAAUUGGGAAGGGUUACCAGAGUUAUACAUGGAUGAAGGCAGUCGUCCUGGAACGGUGUCAAUCACAAUUUGCGGAUUCUGUAACAUCAGGGACUCUCUGGGAGGGUGGGAGGCAGUAUCCAUGCGCCUCUGAUCUGUGUGGUCAGGUGUCAGUGACUGUGAAGGUGAAACGCAGUCUUCAAACAGCCUUGGCUUGACCCUCCUAAGGCCCACAAAUUCCAAAGACUUUUUUUUUAAAACCUUAAGGAAGAAAUUGACUUAAUUCUGAUAGAACAACUGAACAUACUGGGCUAUUUGUACUUCUUUUAUAGAGAACUUUAAUAACUCAAUUCUUCUUUAAAAAUGAGUUUUUAAAAUAAAACUACUGACAGUUUCAUAAGAUUCCAAUCCCAUGGAGCCUGUAGGAGGACUCAAAUGGGGUGAGCUAGGGUGCCCCUGACCUGCCCUCCCAUUGCAGGAUUUUCCAUGCCGGUGGGGUAUGGAGUCCACCUCAAAAUGCCUGGGAGUUUAGGUGGAAGGUGUUGGCAGACUAAUGCCCCCCAUGUUUUUAAUAGACACUGGAUACGACUGUCUGAGGUCUAGAAACUUGGGCCAUGGGAAGGCUGGCUUUACUGUCCCCAUCCAGAUGCAGCCCUAGGGUAGCAUUCUCAGGGUCCUGGGACCUUCCUUUGUCUGGAGGCUGUGACCAGCGUUUGCCAUGGCGGGGAGGGCACUUCUUCAGCUGUGCCUUCAGUCCCCGAGCAUCCCUAGGUCUCUCACGCUCGGUGAAAAUUAAGAGAUGCCCUAGAAGGAUUUUGCCCACUGGGCAAUCCAGAAAUACUUCAGCCCCAAGAGGGAAGAGGCGGCAGCCAGUGCCCCCACUGGCACCUGUCUCACAGACAUCCCUUACCUGAGUAGACAGAACCCUACUUUUCGGAAAAUAAGUAUCCAGUCCACUUUCUAAGAACCUUUUUUUCUAAAGACAAACGGUGGCUUUGCAUUUUCCGAUUAAACAAUUGUGUCUUUGUCUCCUCUGCUCAACUUUAGGAGUAUUUUUUUCCUGUGAUUGUCUGUAGAUUUUUGUUGAUACACUUCCUGGAAGAAUGUGAUCCUUGAGGGGAUUAGUGGAUUAUUCCAAAUCAUACAUAAAGGCAAUUUUAUUUUUGAGUCCAAAUGGUCUGAAAAUCUACCGCGUAUGCCCGUCUUUCAGGUUUUUCAGAAUACCUUUCAUAAAUGGUCAGAAACAUUUGAAAUCAUUGCUUUUGCUACAUGAUCUUUUUGGAGAGGUGAACGACAUGCCAUGUUUAAAUCGUUUAUUUGAAAAACGUCAUGUAAGACCCCAUAUUUGUAUGGAGGAGGAAGAGGAAGAGAUGGAGGCUGAGGCGUUUCCUUCUGUAUAAGCAUCUACCGACAAAAUGUAGAGGCCAUUCAGCUGUCGAAUAACAUUUGGUUUCUGGCAGGCGAGAUGGAUGUACACUGAACUGCAUCACUUUCCUCAAUCUGUGUAACCUCUGAUCUUUGUUUGCAUGCUAUGCUUUGUUAGAUACAUUCAUUGUAGUUUGGAGGCAAGUGUGUAUGAAUAAAUAUAAUGAUCAUUC